UCAAAAUGAAGAGACAGGCUUGUCAUUCUGGUACACUGUUUUUUGGAUCAUUAUUGCUGUGGGCUGUUGACUGUGUGAAGAGCAGUCCACCUGAAUACUCUGUCUCUGUAGGGGGAUCAAUAAUCCUGAAUUGUGUGAACUUUACUGGUUUACAUGGAGGGAAAGUCCAGUGGUCACGUGUCGUAAACAAUCUCAAUCAACUUUUGAUUACCAGAGAAAGAAAUAGUAGUAUAAAAGGAAUUAAUGAUGCUGAGGCCCGAUUUGAUCUUCUUACAAGGUCCCUUCUCAUAAUGAGGAUAAAAACUGAAGAUGCUGGAAGCUAUGAAUGUAACCGCAAGCUUGUGGCACAUCUGAAGGUGCUGGAGUCUGGCCCAACUAGGUAUUCCGUGUCAGAGGGGGGUUCGGUGAUCCUGCGCUGUGGAGUUUCACCUCCUCAAGAGAGUAAGAGUGUAAAGUGGGUGCACAAAGAGAUUGGAGAUACUGCUCCAAAGACUAUUGUGACAAGAGAUGAGAAUGAUAAUAAUGACAUAAGAAAUGGGAGAUUUCAACUACAUAAAGACUCUACUCUUCAGAUAGAUAAAGUAAAGACAGAAGACGCUGGGAGUUACAAAUGCAAUGAGACAGUUGUUGCGGAAUUACAGGUCCUGCCUGGUCCUAGCUCACAGUACCACAGACCCCAAUUCUAUGUCUCAGAGAAUGAGACUGUCAGCCUGCGCUGCUUGGAUACCGAGACACACGUGCAGAUAGUGGCCUGGAGCAGGGAGAACAUUGCAGGAAGAGCAACUGUCCUUUCAUCCAGAGAGCCGAACGGGAUGAUCAGAUAUGGAAUUAACGGGCAAGAUAUGCGAAUGCAAGUUCUUGAGGACAACUCCCUGUCUAUAGUGGGAGUACAAACGCGAGAUACCGGCACUUAUCAGUGUAAUAGAAGUGAUGUUGCAGAUUUAAUGGUGUUGUCUGUGGCCUUGAACAAAACUAAUUCUGUCGUGGAGGGAGAUCAAGUUGUUGUCACAUGUAAAAUCCACGACCGAUUCAAUAAUCAUUCCCAUACCUUGACGAUGUCAGUUGAUCAAGAAACACUCAAAACUUCUAAAGGGACAACAGUAAAUGAGACGCUGCCCGCUAUGAGCGAGACCGACAUGAAGAAAACAUUCCAGUGCAGAGUGGAGAUGGGGGGGACCGUGAGAGCAAAGACAUCGUUGACUCUUCACAUACAAGGUACCUCUAGAAAGGAGGAUGAAAAUGAAAGAGGCACAACACCUAGGAACACCGGUACCGCUACUGGAAAAAGUGGCAAUGGACAGAAGGACAAUAACAAAGACAGUCAGAAAGGAAAGAAAGGCUCAACAUUCGUGAUUUUCGUCAUCCUGAUUGUAGGUUUGCUUGCAGUUUUGGCUCUGGGCACUGCAGUUGUGUGGAUGAAAAAAAGAAACAAACAGAAAGGUUCAUAGACCAACCAAUGUCUGCCUGUUGUGUUAAAAGACAUGAAAAAAACAGAGCACCGCUCAUGAAGAAUGGUUGGCUUACCAUUUUGCCACUGGAAUGAAUUACUGCAAUCCUUUUUUGCUGGCCUCCCCAAAUAAUCUCUCGCCCCUCCAACAGUUGGUUUUGAAUGCAGCCACUUGUGUUACCACUGUAUUGUAUUGUAUUGUCCUGCAUCUGUUUUAAAUAAUAAUAAAACAAUAAAUAAAACGCUAAUUUACAGCAUCUUAUGGCAUUUAAGUCUAGACUGACUUAAAAGGCUCUUGUAGUAACAUUUAUUGUUAUUAUAUGUAUAUAAUAGCAAUGUCUUUUAAAACAUCAUUCAAUGUUUUUCUAGAGUGCUGACUAGACACAUCCAUUUGCAUGUUGUUUUUGUUGGCCCUAUUCCGAAUAAAAUACAACUGAUCAUCAUAGACCAGUGGGCGGCUUCUUUAAUAAGAGUCUAGAACAGUGUCAGGAAUAUCAAACAAUAUUUUAUUUACAACAGAAAAAAAAAAAAUCUUUAAAAAACUUUGUGAAAAGACUAUUUUUGACUGAACUCAGUCAAAUUUAAAGUUCAUUUAAAGUUAUAA